AAAAGAAAAAGAAAAAGGGAGGUUUGUGAUGAUUUUUAAAUCUUUUCUACUAGGUAAUCUAGUAUCCUUAUGUAUGAAGAUAAUCAAUUCGGCCGUUGUGGUCGGACUCUUUGGAUUUCUGACCACAUUCUCCAUAGGGCCCUCUUAUCUCUUCCUUAUCCGAGCUCAGGUUAUGGAAGAAGGAGAAGAAGGAACCAGGAAGAAGGUAUCAGCAACAAUUGGUUUUAUUACGGGACAGCUCAUGAUGUUCAUAUUGAUCUAUUAUGCGCCUCUACAUCUAGCAUUGGGUAGACCUCACUCAAUAACUGUCCUAGAUCUAUCGUAUCAUUUGUUUCAUUUCUUCUGAAACAAUCACAAACUUUAUUAUGGAUCGACUACUAGAAAUUCAAUGCGUAAUCUCAGCAUUCAAUGUUUUUGUUGGUUGGUUAAUUGGUUACAUUUUAUUAAUGAAAUGGCUGUUAGAUCUAAUAAGUACAUUAGAUCUAAUAAGUAUCUUGUGUCAGAAUUAAGAAAUUCUAUGGCUCGAAUAUUUAGCAUAAUACCGUCAUCCAUUCUUACUAAGAAACUUCAAAAACGGAAGAAAGGGGGGAAAGUGAGGAAGAAACCAAUUCAUCAUUUAAUACUAGAUUAA